AUGGCCAUCAGGAAGUCAGUCCAGCGAAGGAUUGUGUCCAAAGACGGCCACAACAAUGUGCGGAUUGAUAACGUGGAAGGUAUGGUCAAGCUGUACCUGCACGACAUCUGGACCACUGUGGUGGACAUGAAAUGGCGCUAUAAGCUCACUCUGUUUGCCUCCACCUUUGUCAUGACUUGGUUCAUCUUUGGCGUCAUCUUUUACUUCAUUGGCAUGGGCAAUGGGGACCUUGAGAUUGGUCUGAACUCCAAUCACACGCCCUGUGUGAUGAACGUGGAAACGCUCACUGGGGCCUUCCUGUUCUCCCUGGAGUCACAGACCACCAUUGGCUAUGGUUUUCGUUAUAUCUCAGAGGAGUGUCCCCUGGCUAUCUUCACUCUGGUGGCUCAGCUCGUCAUCACCGGCCUGGCUGAGAUCUUUGUCACUGGCGCCUUUCUGGCCAAACUGGCUCGGCCCAAGAAGCGAGCAGAGACCAUCAAGUUCAGCCAGUCUGCGGUGGUCUGCUUGCACCAAGGCAAGUUGUGUCUGAUGGUGAGGGUGGCCAACAUGAGGAAGAGUCUUCUGAUCCAGUGUCAGCUCACAGGAAAGCUCCUUCACUCCAAUGUGACAGAGGAGGGUGAGAAGACUCAAAUCCACCAGAGCUCUGUUGAUUUCUCCAUGGACUCCAGUGGAGAAUGCCCCUUCCUCAUCCUCCCGCUCACCUUCUACCAUGUCCUGGAUGAGCACAGCCCGCUGGCAGGAUUGACUGCAGAAAACCUUCAGACUCGUGAGUUUGAGCUGCUGGUGACUCUCAAUGCCACAAUGGAGUCGACGGCGGCCACGUGCCAAAGUCGCACCUCCUACAUUCCUCAGGAGAUCCUCUGGGGUUAUGAGUUCAAGCCGGUGCUGUUCAGCACUACCAGCGGCCGUUAUGUGGCAGAUUUCAACUUCUUUGACAAGGUGCAAGUGAGCAACGAUGCAGCCUUCCUCAACGAAAGUGCAGAGAAGCUAAAACUGGAAAAUGAUUAUAAAAACAAGUAG